GACCUAGAUAGCUAGCUCGUACGUACCAUACCAUACAGAAGAAGAUAAUUUAUAUAUGGCGAAGCUGCAGCUGGGUACUGCCUUGUGCAGAAAGUUCAGGCCGCACAUGUUCAUGAUUCUGGUACAGAUUUGCUAUACGAUUCUCUACUUCAUCACUGAAGCUUCUUUCAAACAUGGCCUGAAACCGUAUGUUUAUGUGACUUACCGGCACCUUGUCGGGACGGUUUUCAUGUUCCCUUUCGCCUACUUCCUUGAAAGGGCGCAGAGGCCCAAGCUGACAUUAGUCCUUUUCCUAGAGAUCUCCUUCCUGUCGCUCCUGGGGGUGGGUUUGCCUAUGAACAUGUACUUUAUGAGCUUGAAAUACACUUCACCAACUUUUGUUGCUUCAACCGUGAACAUCAUAGUUCCUUUGACAUUUGUUAUAGCAGUUGUGAUGAGGUUGGAGUCUCUUAAUCAUCGGCAUCCUCGAGGAAUAGCAAAGUUUUCGGGUACCUUAAUUUCGUUAUCUGGUGUAAUGACCAUGGCACUGUUCAAAGGUCCCAUCGUUAAACAAUUAUGGCGUCCACUGAUAAAGAUAGAAGCGUCACAGACUGAUGAUGAGAACCAUGAGAAGUGGGUGCUGGGUUCUAUUCUUAUGGUUGCAAGUUGCUUUAUAUGGUCCUUUUGGUACAUUAUGCAGGCCUUAACGCUCAAGAGAUAUCCUGCUCAGCUAUCUUUGACAACAUGGAUGAGCGCAAUUGGAACCCUGCAAUCAACAGUUUUUGCCAUUAUCGUAGAACGUGAAAGGACUGCUUGGAGAAUCGGUUUUGAUAUUGAUUUAUGGUCUAUUAUCUAUGGUGGAGUAGUAAUCUCAGGAUUCGUGAUCUUCAUUCAGCUAUGGUGCACAGAGGAAAAAGGGCCUGUCUUCGUCACCAUCUUCGGUCCUCUUACAACAAUUAUGGUGGCAUUUCUCGCUUACUUUAUCUUGGGCGAGACACUCUACUCUGGAAGUAUAAUCGGGGCUGCGUUCGUCGUCAUUGGAUUAUACUUAUUACUCUGGGGGAAAGAAGGCGAUGGAGAAGAAGCAGUUGGAGUGAAACCUGAAGAAACCCAUCCAUCUUAUAGUAGUAGUGAGCAAAUAGAAAUAGAUAGACAAAAAGCUCUUUCAGCUUAAUAAGAGAAAUUGUAUGUCGUUCUCACAGUAGAUGAGACCUACGUCCACAAAACAAUGAAGACUUUUUCAUUGAUGAUCAGCCAAUGGCCAUGCACGAUUCAUAAUAUACACUUCUUUACUAGCAACGAUAGGGUUUACAAUUAAUUUCAAAGGUCUUUCGAGACUUUUUGAGUCUUUUACAACGCACAACCAUGUUGGACAACAAGACUUUGACUUGAAUAUAUAGUUGCGCUUACUCAUUGCUCCUCAGCUGGGUCGAGACUACUACUUUGGCCCAAUAAGCCCCACAAGUGGUAGAGAUCACGGUGUGCAGCUUGGACAAUAAAAACUUGAAACGAUC